UAACAGUCCCGCCAACCAAAAACUCCACCGCCACCACCUUGGAAACCAUGAGCAAAAUCCUCCUCACAGGCGCAACCGGCUACGUCGGCGGCACAGUCCUCGCGCAACUCCUCACAAGCACAACCCCCAGCCUCUCCACCCUCACAAUCGACGUCCUAGUCCGCGACGCCGCCAAAGCAACCAAGCUCAAAUCCGCCUACGGCGACCGCAUCAACACAAUCGCCUGGGACGGCCUCGACAACACAACCUUCAUAGAAGAAAUCGCAGCAAACUACGACAUCAUCGUCAACACGGGCUCAGGCUUCGUCCCAGAAGGCGCCAUCGCAUUCGUCAAGGGUCUCGCUCGCCGCGUGCAACAAGGUCUCCCCGCACCAUGGCUGUUCCACAUCUCGGGAUGCACGAAUCUCGCCGACCGCCCGUUAACGCAGCCUCCGCGGCCCAUGCGCGAGUGGAACGACGAAAAAGACGCCGAUGCUAUCCUGGAGCAGAUGAAGACUCUCAACGACGCGGAGCCUUACCCGCAGCGGUCCGCUGAGAUUGGGGUCCUGGAGACUGCCGACGAAACGGGCGUGCAUGCCAUUAGCGUCAACACGCCGCUGAUUUUCGGCGAGGGCACGGGGCUGUUCAAUCAGCAGGCGCUUGUGAUCCCGUUGAUUCUCAUGUAUGUGGUCCAGCAUGGAUAUGGGUGGAAGUUGAACGAGACGGCGAAUUUCGACCGCGUGCAUGUGCUGGAUCUUGCGGAUUUGUUCGUGCUGCUUGUGAGGGCUGUGCUUGAGCGUGAGGAUCGUGGGGUUGGGUAUCUGCCUUCUGGGAAGAAGGGUGUGAUUUUCCCGACGGCGGGACGGGUCCUGAUUAAGGAUAUCAACCAGAAGUGUUUGGAUGUUGCUUUUGAGGAUGGCACGCUGCCGCGCGAGAAUACGCCCAAGGAGAAGGAAAUUCGGUUGGUGCCUUUGGAGGAGAUUGCGACCAAGCUGACGGCUGGGCGCAGCGAUGUUGCUGAGCGUGGUUGGGGCGGGCACAAGGCGACGACUGGUGUGCUGGCGACUAAGCUGUUGGGUUGGAAGCCUUUGAGGUUGGAGGAGGCUUGGGAGAAGGACUUCAAGGACGAGCUGGUUGCACUCAAGGAAGAUCGCAGGAUGAUCACCAUGGCGAACUGUAUUGCGCAUACUGAAUAG